AUGGUUGCGUAUGGUAUACUAACCUUUUUCGCUGGCUACCGAGCCUUGCUGAAAGGCAGCUUCGCGAGCAUCGUCAAUACCGGAAUGCACGUAAUUUGGUGGGUGCAGUAUUGUACUGUGGCUAUGGGCUUUAUCACGGCGGGACAUCUGCUGGAACAGGCAUCCCAAACAACGAUUGGUUUGCUCGGCGUGGCGUUGACCAAACAGAGGGAUAUCAUGGUGGCGAAGAAGAUCCGAGCCUUCAUGUUUCAGAUUGGGCACAAUUCGACUAGGAUUACCACAUUUUUCUUCGUUGUAGACUUAUCGGUGAUCGCAACCGUUACUACAUUUCUUUUUAUGUUGAUUCAGUUCGAUAAUUGA